ACUUCUGUGUUUAACAAUGAAACUGACUCCAACGUGAGAUCAACAUUGAAGACUCCUUCAGAGUUCCCUUAUGUAACAGAGGUUAAGAUAGAAAAGAAGACAUUUACUACUGCUAAAGACCAAACAUUAUACACCAUCACAGACUUAAGUACAGCUACUUCCUUCAUCACUCCGACAAUAACCCCGGGAGACCCCAUGGACAAAAGUAUCACAAAACCUGGGCCGGUGAGUGAUCUCCGAGUUGCUUUCAUGGGUGUGACACAGGCUGUUCUCAUCUGGAGCAAUGCAAAUGGUGCCACCUCCUACCGGAUGCUUCUCGAACACUUCGGAAACAGCAAACAGUUGACUCCACAUUCGUCCUUCAAUAUUUCAGACCUGCAGCCGGGGCCCUGUAAUAUCUGGCCUUCUCCAGAAUCAAACGAGAAUCAGGAUGACUUGCUGGUUGCAGAAAGAGAGUUACAAAAUUGUGCAUCAGAUACCAAUGACACCGAGAGAAUCCCAGUGGCCAACCUAUCUCAAGUACACAGGAAUUUACAUUGCUCUGUCCAGGGUUCUUCCCUCACAGAGGUCUUGCUCACUGGGUUAAAGCCUGAUGUUAACUACACAGCCAUUGUUUAUUCUCAAGCAGCAAAUGACACAGAAGGGCAGCCUGGAAACAAAGAAGUGUUUAUAACAAAUUCCAGCCAGGUUUCUGACAUCAGAGCUGUGAACAUCAGCGCCACAAACAUGACGCUGACCUGGAAGAGCAAUUAUAAUGGGUCAUCUUUUCCCUACACCUACAAGAUACAUGUGGCUGGGGGGUCCAGUGCCAUCAACCAAACUGUCAAUAAGACUGAGGCCAUCAUCCAGGGACUCACUCCGAGCACCUUGUACAACAUCACAGUACGUCCUUUCCUGUGUCUCAUCGAGGGCACACCAGGCUUCCUCCAAGUGUAUACUUCCCCUGCUCCAGUUUCUGACUUCCAGGUGACAAAUGUCAGCACAACGGGAAUCAGUUUGACUUGGAGAAGCAAUGACUCAGAAUUUAGGAUUCUUACCAUGCACAAGGGAGGAGAGAAGAUUAAAAAUGACACAACCAAAAAUCAGAGCUUUACCGUUGAAAACUUAAAGCCUGGAACCAGUUACCAUUUUGAAAUAUUUCCGCGUGGACCAGAUGGGACUGAAGGGCCAUCCAGAGCAGUUGGUGGCAGGACUGACCGAAGUGCUGUGUUUAACAUCCGAGUGGUCAGUGUCACCUCCAAUGAAAUGCAGCUGGAAUGGGAGAGUACAGACAAUGCUUCUGAAUAUAACUACCAUGUAGUUCUAGAGUCUGAAUAUGGCCCCAGCAAUACUACCAGUUCUCAGAAGUCAGUUACACUAAGGGACCUCACCCCAGGCACCUUAUAUAAUGUCACAGUCACUCCAGAAGUGGACCAGGUCCAGGGUGAUGCCACCUCCAUUACCCAGUACACACGGCCCAGCAAUGUGUCUGACAUUGAAGUAAACAGCAGCACCACUGUGGCAACCAUCUCGUGGAACAGUUUGGACAAAGCCUCUCCUAAAUAUUCCUACCGCCUUCUUAUCUUGAAGGCUGGAAAUGGUAGCAGUAUAACCAAGAUGAUCAUCACAGAUGUUGGGAUCACUUCUCAGGUGGUCUCUGAUUUAGUCUCUGGCUCCUCUUACACAGUGGAGAUCUUUGCAAAAGUUGGGAAUGUUACAGAGUCACUGGCACCUGGCUGGAAGUCAUUCUGUAUGGAACCUGCACCAGUGGCCUUCUUCCACUGUGAGGGGGUCCCUAAGGAGCCAGUUCUGGUUCUGAAUUGGCCUUCCCCCCCUGGCAUGAAUGCAGGCUUCGAGCUAGGGGUCAGGAAUGACACUUGGAACAAUGUGACAUACCUGAAAAGCUGCACUUCAGAGGAUGACACAGAAUGCAGGGGAAAAGUACAAAAUUUGACAUUUUCUACCUCGUACAACAUCAGCAUUGUCACCUUGUCAUGUGGAAAGAUGGCAGCUCCCACCCAGAGCACCUGUACCACUGGCAUCACAGACCCACCUUCUCCAGAUGGAUCCCCUAAUAUUACAUCUGUCAGUCACAAUUCAGUAAAGGUUAAGUUCAGUGGUUUUAAAGCCAGCAAUGGACCUAUCAAAGCCUAUGCCAUCAUUCUCACCACUGGGGAAGCUGGCCAACCUUCUGCGGAUGUUUUGAAGUAUACAUAUGAAGAUUUCAAAAAGGGGGCCUCGGAUACUUAUGUGACAUACCUCAUACGAAUAGAAGAGAAGGGACGUUCUCUGGGCUUGUCUGAAGUCUUGAAAUAUGAAAUUGAUGUGGGGAACCAAUCCACCACCCUCGGCUAUUACAACGGGAGGCUGGAGCCGUUGGGCUCCUACAGGGUGUGUGUCGCUGGCUUCACCAAUAUUACUUAUACCCUUCACAAUGAUGGACUCAUCAAUGGGAACGAGAGCUAUGUGUCUUUCAGUCAGUACUCGGAGGCCGUGUUCUUGCCUCAGGAUCCAGGUGUCAUCUGUGGAGCAGUGUUCGGAUGUAUCUUUGGUGCUCUGGCCAUUGUGGCUGUGGGAAGCUUCAUCUUCUGGAGAAAGAAAAGGAAAGAUGCCAAAAGUAAUGAAGUGUCGUUUUCUCAAAUUAAACCUAAAAAAUCCAAGUUAAUUCGAGUGGAGAAUUUUGAGGCCUACUUUAAGAAACAGCAAGCUGACUCCAACUGUGGGUUUGCAGAGGAAUACGAGGAUCUGAAGCUGAUUGGAAUAAGUCUACCUAAAUAUACAGCUGAAGUAGCCGAGAACAGAGGGAAGAAUCGCUAUAACAAUGUCCUGCCUUAUGAUAUUUCUCGAGUCAAACUUUCAGUCCAGACCCAUUCGACAGAUGACUACAUCAAUGCCAACUAUAUGCCUGGCUACCAUUCCAAAAAAGAUUUCAUUGCCACACAAGGACCUUUACCCAACACUUUGAAAGAUUUUUGGCGUAUGGUUUGGGAGAAAAAUGUAUAUGCCAUUGUUAUGUUGACCAAAUGUGUGGAACAAGGAAGGACCAAAUGUGAGGAGUACUGGCCUUCCAAGCAGGCCCAUGACUACGGGGACAUAACUGUGGCAAUGACCUCAGAAGUUGUUCUUCCUGAAUGGACCAUUAGAGAUUUUGUGGUGAAAAAUAUGCAGACAAGUGAGAGUCAUCCUCUGCGACAGUUCCAUUUCACUUCCUGGCCUGACCACGGUGUUCCCGACACCACUGACCUGCUCAUCAACUUCCGUUACCUGGUCCGAGACUACAUGAAGCAGAUUCCCCCUGAAUCACCAAUCUUGGUGCACUGCAGUGCUGGGGUCGGAAGGACGGGCACUUUCAUUGCUAUCGAUCGCCUGAUCUAUCAGAUAGAGAAUGAGAACACCGUGGAUGUGUAUGGCAUUGUCUAUGAUCUUCGGAUGCACAGGCCUCUGAUGGUACAGACAGAGGACCAGUAUGUUUUCCUCAACCAGUGUGUUUUAGAUAUUAUCAGAGCCCAGAAAGACUCAAAAGUGGAUCUCAUCUAUCAGAACACAACCGCAAUGACAAUCUAUGAAAACCUCGAGCCAGUGAGCAUGUUUGGAAAGACUAAUGGUUACAUCGCCUAGUUCCAAAGCAAACCCUUUCUGAAGUUAACCAGACCGCCACACCCACAGUGAAGGAAAAUGCCCUGAUGUGGACAUGUUUUUAUAUGUCUCAUUUCUCAGUUCUUUGUUCUGUUCUGUUAGAACUACCUUGGAGGGCAUGAGGCUGUGUGUGUAAAACACGACAGAUAGGGAGUUGGGGCUGUCAGGGGCUGUGGACAGGUGGUGUAUAAAUCAGCUGAAUUCCCGAUUACCAAUGGGAUGGGUUCACUUCUUUCCCCCUUGAGAAUUGUGAAAAACCAGGAAAAGUGAGCUAUGAUUUUAUUUUUCUUUUCCAAACAGGUUCGUGUUUUCUCUCUCUCUCUCUCUCUCUCUCUCUCUCUCUCUCUCUCUCUCUCUCUCUCUCUCUCUCUCUCCCCCUCUCUCUCCCUCUCUCUCUCUCUCCCCCUCUCUCUCCCUCUCUCUCUCUCUCUCCCCCCCCCUCUCUCUCUCUCUUCUUUAUCUCUAAUUUUUUUAGGACUUUUAUAUGAUUCACAUGCUAAAGCCAGGAUUAUGUUGGGUUGAAUAUAUUUUAAGUAUCAGAGGUCUAUUUUUACCUACUGUAUCUUGGAAUCUAGCUGAUGGAAAUACACGUCUGUGGGUGUUUAUUAUGCAGGGAGGGGCACAUGGUGCCUUUUCUGCAUGGGUUUCUAUUUGAACAUGUGCCUUUUUUGAAUUAUGCUUCCACAGGCAAAACUCAGUAGAUAUCUCUAUUUUUAUAUUGAAUCUCAUAAUUGGAAUAUACAGAAUAUUUAAAUAGUAGCUUAGUAUCAGAGGUUUGCCUUCUCGGUAACAUUCCUGCUCUCAUUUGAUUAGAGGAGGCUUUCUCUUUGACCCACCCUUGACAUACAUUUGUGCUCCAUUUUUUUCUUUUCUUUUCUUCCCAGUUUUCUCCAAAGGCUUCUGUUGGUGACAUUUUCAUCCCAUUGGUUGGGUGAGAAUAGACAUUUAAAGUAUCACCAUGAGACUCUCUGUGUGGUGGGGUGGGGGAUGGGAGAAGCGGAGGAAUUGUCAUUCCGUGGUGUACACCCUUUCCCAUCCCCAUCUUCUACUUUCUCUCAUUUCUGUCUUUGGUAAGAAGGAUUAUUUAAAGGUGCAAUAUGUGACUUAGUGGUUCACGAUGCUCUGGGUUUUUAGUAAUGUUUUACUCAGGUUGGCAUUUUAUGUGUGUCUGUAUAUGUGUGUCUGUGUGUGUGUGUGUGUGUGUUUGUGUUUUAUAGCGUGGUGAUCUGUGAACAUUUCAGUGUGAACUCAGAUUAACCCCUUUUCCCCCCGAAGUCCACUGGCUUUAGUCUAUCUGCAGUGACACAUGUCAAUAUCUACUGUAUAUAUAAAUACUAAACUCUUACACCAGUCAUUCCUAUGAAUUGAGGUGUACAAAGUUUGAUUUGUAUCAAAGAUGUAAUUAUUAUUUUUAAAACCUCUUUUCACUACACUGCUGCUGUAAUUACUUUGAUUUUUAAAGAAAAUGUAGAUUUUUUUUGGCUUCAGGUGUGUAUUCACCAAGAAUUUCAGAAUUUAUGUGGAUUUAUUUUAUUGGUACAUAAUCUGUAAACUUCUCAAGGCAUUAACAUGACAAGAUUUGUGUCUUUUAUUUUA